GUUCGAUCGCUCGACAAGAACAGACUUACGCGAAUCCAUUCACUAAAAAAAGUUUGAUGCGGCUCACACGAAAGAUAUUAUAAGCGGAUAGUGAUAUUUAAAAUAAAACAUGAUGUAUUUAAUAAGUGCUUUGUGGUCGUAUAUUAUAUUAUUAAUAUGCUUAAACAGUAACAUCAUUGGAGGCCUCGCACUUUCUUUGCCGGAUUCACACACUUGCGUAGUAGGGGCGGGUUACUCCGGGCUAGCAGUCUCGCGUUAUUUAAAACAGUUCGGUGUAAAUUUUACUGUAUUUGAGGCGUCUCGGCAUGUUGGUGGUACUUGGCGAUUCGACCCACACGUGGGCUUAGAUGAAGAUGGGACACCCGUGCUCACUAGCAUGUAUAAAUAUCUCAGAACAAAUACACCACGACAGACAAUGGAGUUUGGAGGUUUUCCUUUCCCAGACAGCACACCCGCGUACCCAACCGGAACCUGCUUCUACAAAUACUUACGGUCGUUUGUAAAACACUUUGACUUGAUGCCGAAUAUUCAUAUUCGUCGUUUAGUUACGUCAGUAAAGUGGCUUAAUCAUCACUGGGAGUUGACGUACACACAGACUGAUGAGAGAAGUAAUCACACGGUAUCUUGUGAUUUUGUUAUCAUCGCUAAUGGUCAAUAUGUAAGACCUACAUUACCCAUGUUACCUGGACAAGAUAUUUUCAAUGGAUCAAUUAUCCACAGUCACGAUUAUAAAGAACCAGAGAAAUAUAAAGACCGAAGGGUGCUGCUUAUUGGUGCUGGGCCGUCGGGAUUAGAUCUUGCUGGUCAAUUACAUAACGUCACAGCUAAACUAUUUCAUAGCCAUCAUCUGGUCUACAAUCAGCCCAAAUUCUCAGAACAUUAUUUUAAAAAAACCGACGUAGAAGCUUUCACGAUGGAUGGGGUUGUCUUUAAAGAUGGUACUUUUGAAGAAGUGGAUGACGUCAUAUUUUGUACAGGUUACGAGUUUUUCCACCCAUUCUUGGAUCAAAGCUGUGGACUUACAGUCUCUGGCAAGUUUAUACUACCAUUGCACCAGAACAUCGUCAACAUUAGACAUCCUAGCAUGAGUUUCAUAGGGGUGGUGAACAAAGUCAUCACCAGAGUGCUGGAUGCCCAGGCAGAAUACAUCGCUUCGCUGAUCGCUGGAAAGUUCAAACUGCCUCCUCAGGAAGAAAUGCUCAAGAUCUGGCUCGCACAUGUUUUUAAGCUUCAGCAUCAGCGUAAGAAGAUCGUUGAUGUUAACACUGUGGGUGCAGACAUGGAUCAAUAUUUCGCCAACCUUACAAUGGAAGCGGGUAUAACAAGAGUGCCACCAGUUUUGUCUGAAAUUAGAGAUUUUAAUGCGAAGAAUCGUUUAGAGGAUCUGCUGCAUUAUAGAGAUUAUGAUUACGAAGUUGUAGAUUCGAUGAAUUACAAACGGUGGCAUAACGGUGGAGGGAGUCGCGGUGAAGAGUGUCCAGUUGAGAUAUAAGCGCAAUGAAAUGCAUUAGAAUACCGACUAACAAAGUAAAAUCAAAAUAUAUAACAUAUAAACGUUAUUAAAAAUAAAAGAAGACAUGCAUAUAUCGAACAUUUGUUUACUACGCUUAUUUCAAUUGUGUUUUUUUUAUUAAUAAAACUUAAAUUCAAUGAUCAAAAUAUAAGAAAAUCGAUUUAAAAAGGUGAAAUAUUUGUCUUUGCCGGUUUAGACUUAGAAGAUUCUAGUUAUGCAAGCUUUGCUGAGAACACUAUACUUAUGGUUUUAGUAAGAUGUUCAUUAUUGAGAUUUAAAUAAAUGUCUUCCAUUUUUGUCAGUAAUUAUUUAAUAAGUAACACACUAUUAAAGAACCUAAGGUAAAGAUUGUAUUUCUAGUGGUUUAUAAUAGUUUUAUAUUUUCUUCUGACCUUUAAUUAACUCUAAAAAAUAUUUUAAAAUUGAACAAGACGGAUUUAAGGCCCUCUAGAUUUACUGUUUGUGUUUUUUACAAACUGUUUAUCGUAUUAGUAAAAGCAGGCCGAUGGCUGGGCAAAAGCUAAAUAUUUUUACCGCUUACGUAUUUGAUAUAUAAUUAAAAUUUAAAUAGUUUUAUUAUUAUAUUAAGCAUUUUAUUAUUAUAUUAUGGUAAGCAUAAGGUUACCGUUAAGUUUAUAAUAACCUCCGAAAAUUGUAAAUAAUUAUCAAUUUAUUUAUAAAUAAUUUCACCAUAAUAUGUACUUAGCCAGUUUUAAUUAAAUUUAGUUUAAUAAGCUGUUCUAACUUUUUUUUGAUUAAUUACAAUUUUCAAUAGGCUUAUAGGUUUCAAGAAUAAAAAAUAUGUUUACUUUUGUUUGAAUGAAUAAAAAAAAACGUUUGCUUAAACCAAUGUGUAAUUACAUCGACUAUUUUAAUUGACAUUGACAUUAACAUUACGACAAAACGCUAAAAAAGCUGUUACUUCUCUAACCAAUAACAGACUGUAUACUUAUGUAACGAUUUAAACUAAUUAACGGUGAAUACUUUUUUAUUUUUUUACAUUGACUUUUCUCAAUAUUAGUAUUAAUUAUUUAGCCACUAAUGGGGAUUCUGUUGUACGCAAUAGUUAAACUAAACUCUAAACACUCUCGAAGCUCACCGUCAUGAAAUGUCGGAAAGUGAUUUGCGAUAUUGACCAUAAUAAUCAUAACAUUUCAAGAAUACAUGAAUCAAAAUUGUAUAUCAUCAUAAUUCGGUUGUCAACAUUUCACAGGUGUAAUGAUGGAAGUUCUUACAGACUAGCCCUACUGAGUCCUACUGUAGACAAUCAAAAGAUAUAAUGUAAAAUCUCUUGAUACCACAAUAAAAUAUUAAUAGGCGAAAUAUAAGUGAAAUUAACAUAUGAAUGUCUGUAUUUGUCAAUUUAAUAAGUUAUUUCUAAUUAAACUAGAGUAAUGUAUUAAAAAAAUUAUAAGCAUUGUUUCACUAAAAAUUGUGAAAUUGUAAUUGUGAAUUUUAAGUUCUCUGUUUGUCGAACGGCCCUACUUAUAUACGUUGUUUAGAGGGAGACUAGUUUCGACUGUUAAAUCAAUGAAGUCAAAAGAGCGAAAUCAAAAUUUAACUUAACAGCCGCUAAGCAACGUUUACAAGGAAGGCUUUUUACUGGUGGUAGAGCUUUGUGCAAGCUCGUCUGGGUAGGUACCACCCACUCAUCAGAUAUUCUACCGCAAAACAGCAGUACUUGGUAUUGUUGUGUUCCGGUUUGAAGGGUGAGUGAGCCAGUGUAAUUACAGGCACAAGGGACAUAACAUCUUAGUUCCCAAGGUUGGUGGCGCAUUGGUGAUGUAAGCGAUGGUUAACAUUUUUUACAUUGCCAAUGUCUAAGGGCGUUUGGUGACCACUUACCAUCAGGUGGCCCAAAUGCUCGUCCGCCUUCCUAUACUAUAAAAAAAAAAAAAAAAAGGCUGUAAUUUGUCUGGCGUGUGACGAUAUUAAUGAUAAUUAUUUCGAAU